UUUGCGGCAGUUACUUCAAUAAAAUAGACAGAGAUACUUUUGCAGUCGUACUAUUAUUUUCCCAAAAGUAAUAACUACGUCUUCUUCCCGAUUACCAAAAAGAGCUUAAAGAUUCGCGACGAAGCAACACAACAAACCGUAUCUAUCGCCCUCUUGUUCUGUUGAACAAGAAGAACCAAAGUACUUCCCACUGAUAAUUGAAAUCUUGAGUGUUCUUGAAAGAAGAAGAAGACGAUGCAGAGGGUUAGGGUUUCAUCCCAAAGAGCAGCUGUGCACAAGCUUGGCGAUUCUCAGAUGACACUGUCUCCCAAAUUCAGAGUAGCUGCCUCGGUUCAAUCACCAUUGUUCGAUAGAUCAUCGGAACAAGAACUGUCUCUUACCGGAGAACCGUUGAUUCCCGGUUUACCAGAUGAUGUCGCUCUUAACUGUCUCUUGCGGGUUCCCGUCGAAAGCCACGUCUCGAGUAGAUCCGUCUGCAAGAGAUGGCACUUCUUGUUCUGUGCUAAAGAGACCUUCUUCGCUAGGCGCAAGGAGUUCGGUUUUAAAGAACCGUGGCUGUUCGUUGUCGGGUUUAGUAGAUGCACAGGGAAGAUCCAGUGGAAGGUUUUGGAUUUGAGGAACCUCACUUGGCACGAGAUCCCAGCGAUGCCUUGUAGAGACAAAGUGUGUCCUCACGGGUUUAGAUCGGUCUCAAUGCCAAAGGAAGGCACUAUGUUUGUCUGCGGAGGAAUGGUUUCUGAUUCUGAUUGUCCUCUUGACUUGGUGUUGAAGUACGACAUGGUAAGGAACCACUGGACAGUCACUAACAAGAUGAUAACGGCUAGAUCGUUCUUUGGUAGUGGUGUGAUAGACGGGAAGAUAUACGCAGCUGGAGGAAACUCUGCGGAUAUGUUCGAGCUCGACACUGCAGAGGUUUUGAACCCUUUGGAUGGGAAGUGGCGGUCUGUUUCCAACAUGGUUACACAGAUGGCGUCUUACGACGCAGCGGUUUUAAACGGGAAGCUUUUGGUGACGGAAGGAUGGUUAUGGCCCUUCUUUGUAUCCCCUAGAGGUCAGGUUUACGACCCGAGGACGGAUCAGUGGGAGACGAUGGCUAUGGGGUUGCGAGAAGGAUGGACGGGGACGAGUGUGGUGAUUUAUGAUCGGUUGUUUAUAGUGUCGGAGUUGGAGAGGAUGAAGAUGAAGGUUUAUGAUUCGGUUACGGAUUCAUGGGAGACGGUUAACGGACCGGAGUUGCCUGAGAAGAUUUGUAGACCGUUUGCGGUUAACUGUUAUGGGAACAGAGUGUAUGUGGUUGGUCGGAACCUUCAUCUUGCGGUUGGGAGUAUUUGGAGGUCGGAGAGUAAGUUUGGUGUGAGGUGGGAAGUGGUGGAGUCGCCGGAGCGUUAUGGGGAUUUAACUCCGUCCAAUUCUCAGAUUCUUUUUGCUUAAAGGAGGUGGAUGAUGAAUCUGUUUGGUUUGUGAACCAUAUAUGUGUUUGUAAAAGUUAAAUUGUAUCAGUGUCAUGGUUAUGUUUGGGCUCUUGUAUUAUAUCCAUAAGCGUGUAUAAUCUGUGUCUGUUAUAAGUGAUAAAUAAUACUUAUGUUUCGAACAUGUAAAGUUUUAAACUCA